GGUGUGCAUAUUCUUCAUUGUGGUUAAUGGAUUAGACCAUGAUUGCUGGUCAGCAUUGUGUGCAGAUGUGUUUUUGAGUGAGAGUGGAGUUGUGUUGUUCGAGCGCUACAUGUGUCAUUUCGAGAGUGUGAGAAGCCUCGACUGACUUGGCUUGUGAUCAAAGAUUCUCACUGGUCUUUUUUUUUUUUUUAAAAAAAGAAGAGAUCCGUCACCAUGGCAACAGUGUCCCUGCAAAAAGAAGAGGGUCCAACUGACUCACUUGAAGCGCAAGAAAGCCAGAUGCAAGGUGACGCAAACCUCAGUUCCUCUGCGCUGGACCCAAAAGCUCCCAGAACAGAACCAGAAGAAGACACCGAUGACGUGUUCAGAGACCAAACUGAUGAAAUGCUGCCAGAACUAGAACAAGAUUCCCAGCAUUCCCAGUCUAAUAAGGAACCUGACAUGAAUCAAACAAAUCAAAAUGCUAUCCAGCCGCCUCCUUGUCUGUCUCUUGAUGCCUCACAAAGACAGACAUAUCUGGAGAAAGAGAAGAUGCAAAGUACCACUGAUGAGGUUAACUCAAACGAAUACUUUAUAUCGACUCAAUUUCGCCCAAAUGUUCAAGAAUCAUCAACUUGUGAGGAGAGUGCUCCACUAGCAGACUCUUCUCGGAGCAGUUUCAACACAGGUCCACCUAGAAGUAUCCCGAGUUUGGUUGUCCAACAAGAAACAUCUCAUUUUGCUGAUGAUAUCAAAGAGGAGACAAACAAGGCGUGUUCCAAGUCUGCAGACCCAACUGUGGAUGUAGUUCCCUCAGAAAACCAGCAAGGGGAGCUAAUACCCGAAGGCCUACAAGGCCCUACCCCCAAGGGCUCAAACCAGGAAGCUGCUCAACAGGUGCUUGGCCAGACCUCUGCACCUUUGUGUGAGGUUGCCAUGGAGUUGUCCAAUCAGGGCAGGGCUGCUUAUGAAGGCUGUGUUGUCACUGUGAGAGAAAAGAAGGCUGGCUGGGUGGGGGAGAGGACACAGGGAGAAAGCGAAACAGGAGAACAGAGAAACGGCGGACUUGGAAAGAACAAGUCACAAGUUCUCAUCGAAACGCUGGAAGAACAUCUUCAAGGACGCAUCAGUAUGGAAAGCGACUCGAGCGAUGAUAGCCAGAGUGACAGUGGACUAUCUGCAGACUUCUCACCACGAAGCACUUCCAACAUCUCGACGGACUCCCAAGCACCUCCACUGAAAGAAACCCCCAUUGAUAAGGAGAUCAGACGUGCCAUUGAACGUGAACAAAGUCUGAGAAGAUCCAGAGGGAUGCCACAUACAUCCAAAGAAUUUGUUGAGAUCCCGGUAAGGAAAACUAUUGGCGACUCCAUCGUUUCUUCCAACUCGGACAAAUUCCAAGGCUUAGACAGGCAGCUAGCAAACAAAAUGGUACAACAGGAAAUCAGCGAGGAGCUCCGUCGAGAACAAGAUCUGGUCAAGCUGGGGAAGGUUCCCGGUUUCUACGACAAAGGUACUGUUCGGCAACUUAAAGAGAAGAAGCUGAUUUUCGAGGCCUUUCAAACCCACAGUGAGCCACCUUUGAGCGUAUCAGGUAGGAGUAAGGCCUCAUCCUGGUCCUCCAGCAGUGACAGCUCCACUGUGGACACCCACGACGACAGCUCAUCGCAGGCAUCUACUGUAAAAAGCUCAGAGAUGAAACAAAUUAUAGAAGAUCAAAAAAGAGAUGCUUAUGCUUCUUCGACAACAAGAGGACCGGGCUUAUCUGAGGGCAUGUCCUGCCAGGUCAUCAUCGUGGAGAACAACAUGACUCUCUCAGGACAGAAGCUCCAGCGUGGCGUUUUGGAGGCAGACAACCCGAGUCGUGUUGAUUCAGAAGCUUCUUAUGUCUUCCCAUCCAGUUCAGAAGGGCACAUUUUGGAGGAGGAAGAGAUGAUGUCCAAGAGGAACCCCUUUUUCAAGCUGCGUACUCCUACAAAUGUCAUUAAAGUGGAGCAGGAUAUCCGGGAGGCUCAAGAAAGGGAACGGGAGCUCCGUAAGCAGAGGGUCCACUUGUAUGGGGGUGAGGGGGGAACCGCAAGAGGAGGAGGAGGAGGAGGUGAUCUGAGAAGAAGCCUCCAAGUGUCUGUUCCAGAUUCUUCUGCCUCACCUUCCAAGGGAGGAAGUGGAGCCACAGGAAGCCGCCCCGCUGUUGGAAAGCUCAGCAUGUGGCCCCCAGGCCAUGAUCAAAAAGAGACAAUAAACAAGCCAAAGACUUCCCACAGCUCCAGACAGAAGACCCCUCUUGUCCACCUGUGGGAGUCCGGCUUGGUCAACGGACACAACCUGGACCAUCAAUCAUGAAGAGACACUGAAAGUAAAACGAAAAUAACAUUUUUUGAAGUGAGCGAGUGUGGGUUAAGAAGAUCAGCAGUGUGAGGGAGAACGAGGUCAAGGAUUGAGGUAAGAGGAGUCCUUCAGGAAGAUGGUCUAUUUCUGGUACCGGUUGAAGAACACCACAACCUCAAAGCCUUUGAUGACACAACAAGUGCGGUUAUCAUUAAUUUUUGAAUGAAUGUAAUUAUCAUUAACCAUUAAUCAUUAACCAAUCUGUCACCAGUUCUUUAAUGUUUUUAUGAUGUUUAUUACAGUACAAAGUUAUAGUGUUUAUAUCAUGAUAUAUUUGACAUACUGUAUUUUGGAGUAUUUUGAUUACUGAGUUCCAAUACAACACUACUAUCAAAAAAGAGGUUAUCAUAGAAUGAUAUACGUGUAAUUAAUUGCUGUAUUUGUGUAUGUUCCCAAAAAGUUGGCAUUUUCCUAAUGAGCUUCUGAAUCACUCAGUGAGUCCCCAGAUUGAACAAACGAGACUUCAUCUCGUAGGCUACUUAGCGUGCUACAUUUGGAUUAUGGUGCAAUAAAGUUGAUCUGGAUUUAGGAGGUGAGUCAUGACGGUCCAGAGUGCACAUGCUUGAAUAAAAAAAAGACUCCUCUUCUGCUCCUGAGUCAUGUAGUAAAAUGUUGAACUUUGGAAUCAAACUGGAGGAAGUUGGCACCCCACCUCACUCAAAACAAUAGUCAGGUGGUCAAAUAGGCUCAGUUUUUAGUGCAACAUUUGCACUGUUUUGUGCAGUUAAAAUGAACGUUUGUGCUGCUUUUGUUUUUGGAAUUUCAUAUUACAGUUAUUAUUACUAUUUAUGUCACUCCAAAAACAAGAGCAGCACAAACGUUGCACUAAAAACUGAGACUAUUUUGGUUUCCGUUUCAUUAGACUAUUUUGGUUUCAUGCUCGGAAUGAAACCAAAAUAGUGAAGCGCCGAAGAACUGGAGUCUGAGGCGGAGUGUCGAAUUUGGGAGAAAACUUUAUUUUUCUUGCAAACAUUAACUUGCACUCUUUGCUACGUGAGACAUGAAAGCCCCGUCUCUCAACCACAACAGGAAGCGGAAAACCCCCGUCCCUUGCGCCCACCCCUCCGGGUGACAACCCCUCCCCUAUCGAUCGUUCCGGGGUGAAUUAUGUCCCGGUAACCUACCACUACAAUCGUCUAAUUUUUUUGUGCGACGUUUGUGCUGUUUUGUGCAGUUAAAAUGAACAUUUGUGCUGCUUUUGUUUUUGGAAUUUCAU